CUCGGAAAUCCUGCGCUUGCAGGUGUCGGAUUCCACGUGGGAGGUGGACUUGAUUUUCAUGGCUGUUUCUCUUUCCCUGAUGACACUUGUCCAGGACGCUGUCCUUCCAGAGAGGAAGAAAUGACCAAGUGCCAGGGCAUUGUGCCAAUGGCUGCUGGUCAAGGAGGAAUUUGCUUAAUGUUUUAGGAACUAGUGACAUUCAAGGAUGUCUCUUGGGGCUUCCCUGAAGAACAGCAGGGCUGCCUGGACUCUGCUCAGAGAAAGCUGCACUGAGCUGUGAUGCUGGAGAACCACAGUUGGUCUUUGAAGGAGACUUGAAUGAAAAUUCUAUGGAGAAUCUUCAAGAAAAAAGGACUUAGGAUCUAUUAUAUAGGGGCUUUUCUGCUGGCUAAUUUUAGAAGAUAUGGUCAGCACAAUAACAGAGUCAGGAUCGUAUUCUGAAUCUUCCGGGAGAAGUGUACAGGACCCUGAACUAGAUUUUUCCCUUUAUCAGAAGUAGGGAGAAGCAUCUUCUGUAUUUCUAGAAACGAGCAGUGUGGUGACUCUUCAAAGUGAUGAUUACAAAAACAUGGCCAAUGAAGAAUAUUUGUCUUUGAAACUCCCAAGCCAAAUGGCCGCAAAGGACUCCUCAGUGACUUUCUGUAAAAAUGAGCCCCAGGAUCCUCAGAAAAGCAAAAGUGUGUUUAUAACUGAAGAAGGCACUGAGAGAAAAGUCUCAGAAGGAGAAAGUCCUCCCAUGGACCAUUGUUCAGAGAACCUUCAAAUUAAACUUACAUCUGAUGUAACAGGACUGGUCUCACCAUUGGUCAGUGGUCAGGCAACUUGCCAGAAUGGCCAGUUGAAAGAAUCUUUGGAUCACUUUGACUGUAACUGCAAAGACAUCUGUGGUUGGAAAUCACAGGUAGUCAGUCGUAGUCGUCGGAGACCUCAAACAGAGGAGAAACACUGUAACCAUUAUAACUGCAGGAAAAGACGUAACAGCAGCUCAGGCAGUAAUCCAUGUGAGAAAAUCCACACUGCAGAGAAACUACACAGAUGUAGUCGGUGUGGUAAGGACUUCAGUGAGCGCUCAGAACUACUACUUCAUCAAAGACACCACACAGAAGAAAAGCCCUACAAAUGUGAGCAGUGUGGGAAGGGCUUCACGAGGAGCUCCAGUCUCCUCAUCCAUCGAGCAGUCCACACAGAUGAGAAACCCUAUAAAUGUGACAAGUGUGGGAAAGGCUUCACAAGGAGUUCAAGUCUGCUCAUUCAUCACGCAGUCCAUACAGGCGAAAAGCCUUAUAAAUGUGACAAGUGUGGGAAGGGCUUUAGUCAGAGCUCCAAACUGCAUAUCCACCAACGAGUGCACACUGGCGAGAAGCCCUAUGAGUGUGGGGAAUGUGGUAUGAGCUUCAGUCAGCGCUCCAACCUGCACAUCCACCAGCGAGUCCACACUGGGGAGAGGCCCUACAAAUGUGGGGAAUGUGGGAAGGGCUUCAGUCAGAGUUCAAACCUUCACAUUCACCGGUGCAUACACACAGGUGAGAAGCCCUUCCAGUGCUAUGAAUGUGGGAAGGGCUUUAGUCAGAGCUCUGAUCUUCGCAUCCAUCUCCGAGUACACACUGGAGAGAAGCCCUAUCACUGUGGCAAGUGUGGGAAGGGAUUUAGCCAGAGCUCAAAACUCCUCAUCCACCAGAGAGUGCAUACUGGAGAGAAGCCCUAUGAGUGCAGCAAGUGUGGGAAGGGCUUCAGCCAGAGCUCCAACCUCCACAUCCACCAGCGGGUUCAUAGGAAAGAUCCUAUUAAAUAAGGUCUUCAGUCAUAUGCUCAUACUGUAAAGACUUGAGUAUUUUUAAUAUCACUCUUUAUUCUCAGGAGAGAGAUCAUAGGUUAUUCAGAUAUGUUCCCUCACUGAAAUUCAUUCAUUAUUUAAAGUAUUUAAGUACCAACCACUUUGUCAUGCUAUAUAGAGAACUGACUCUUCUGUUUCCUCAGAUGGGUAGAGUGAAAUGUCUAUACUUUGCAGUUCAGCCAGUGUUAUUAGAACUAUAUAUCCUACCCAGCCUUUUUAAGUGCAAGAACUUUAUAUUUGUGCAAACAGAACAUGUUUCCCUUUGUUCACAUUCUCUGAGAAAUUGAAACUCUGGUUUCUCUUCAA